AAGCGUUUACUCAAACAUUUUUUUCUCAAUGACCAGGGCCAGUGUACCAUGAGUACUGUGACUGCCCAGAAUCAGACCCUCUGCUCUGGCAGGAGAUUAUGUCUUGUCCUGCUGAGGAGCUCCAGGCUUCCAGAGACUUCAGCGCCUUCCCCAGUAUAAACCUGCAGUGGAUGUUGGUAGAGGUCCCAAAGAGGUUUGGCCCAAGAGGGGGUAUCGUUCACUACACCAUUCUGAAUAACAAGAUCUACCGACGCUCCUUGGGGAAAUACACAGACUUCAAAAUGUUCUCAGAUGAAAUGCUGCUUUCCUUGACGAGAAAGGUUCACAUGCCUGACGUUGAAUUUUAUGUCAAUGUUGGAGACUGGCCGAUGGAGAAUCGUCAAGUGAAUGACACCCCGGCAGGCCCCGUGCCUAUAAUUUCUUGGUGUGGCUCCACAGAUACCAGGGAUAUCGUCCUGCCUACAUACGAUAUCACACACUCCACUCUGGAAACACUGCGCGGGGUUUCCAACGACCUGCUGUCUAUUCAAGGAAAUACAGGCCCUGUCUGGAGCAAUAAGACAGCGCAGGCCUUCUUCCGAGGGAGGGAUAGCAGGGAAGAGCGUCUCAGACUAGUGGAGCUUUCUAAAGAACACCCAGAGCUCCUGGACGCUGGCAUUACGAGAUACUUCUUCUUUCGGGAAAAGGAAGAGGAGCUGGGCACAGUCCCACUUACUGGGUUUUUUGACUUUUUUAAGUAUAAAUAUCAAGUGAACGUGGAUGGCACAGUGGCAGCGUACAGGUUCCCAUACCUCAUGCUUGGGAACAGUCUGGUGCUCAAGCAAGCCUCCUCCUUCUAUGAGCAUUUCUACACACACCUGAAGCCAGGGAAACACUAUGUGCAGGUUAAACAAAACCUGUCUGACCUCAUUGAAAAGAUCACCUGGGCUAAGGUAUGGAGUUCAGCAAGAUAUUUGCAUAGUCUAUGGCUACUCGUGCGAUUUUGCUGUCUUGUUUUUGAACUAAUCAUUCUAGUUUAUUUUUAAUGAGAGAGGAAGGUGUUUAAACACGACCGGUAACACCUUUCCAGGUGUCAUUGGAAAUUUAAAUUAAUUCGUAGCUGAAGUGACAAAACUGAGAAACUUUUUUUUUUUUUUUUUCAGCCAUUGUUCUUGAUUCAGAUUUGGAUUUUUAAACUUCAACUCAACAGGGUUGCAAUAACAAAAAAAUUCACGUCAUCUACUGCAUUUAAUAUAGUUACCCAUACCCAAGCAUUUAUUUAAACAAGAAAGGGGGUCCAAACCUCAGGGUUUAUUGUUACUCUUUGUAAUAUAAAUUCAGACUGGGUAUAGACUGAUCUUAUCAUGGCUGAAUUCUGUUCUUGUCUUUUUACUUUUUUAGCCUGGAAAGCAGAGUACCAAGUCCUGUACACUUAGUUGUUUUUCAGCGGUAGCUUUUGUCAUUUUAAAGAGAAAUGCAGAGCUGCUGGUUUUGUAUUAACGUAACUAAAUCUGUGUGAGAAACCCUUUUCACUACAUCGUGUUUUGAAGGAACUCCUACGGAAAGUAAAAUGUCAAGGUUGCUGCUGGAACAGAGACAAAAGAAACGACACAUUUGAGACGACUUUCUCUUUCAAACGGCCCUCUCCUGUUUCAAGCAGGCCUCUCCUGCUACCAAGCUCUGCUAUACUGUCUUAAUUCCUUUAGGAAACUUAUAGGUAUCAAAAUAUCAUGUUUUAUUAUGGUCAUGUGACUUUUUGUACUCUUAUUCCUUUUGCAGGUAGACAUGAUUCUAAAGUGUAAUUUUUAAUUUUUUUUUUUUUGUAG